AUGCACUUGCGACUGAUUUCUUGGUUUUUUAUCAUUUUGAACUUUAUGGAAUACAUCGGCAGCCAAAACGCCUCCCGGGGAAGGCGCCAGCGAAGAAUGCAUCCUAACGUCAGUCAAGGCUGCCAAGGAGGCUGUGCAACAUGUUCAGAUUACAAUGGAUGUUUGUCAUGUAAGCCCAAACUAUUUUUUGUUCUGGAAAGAAUUGGCAUGAAGCAGAUUGGAGUGUGUCUCUCUUCAUGUCCAAGUGGAUAUUAUGGAACUCGAUAUCCAGAUAUAAAUAAGUGUACAAAAUGCAAAGCUGACUGUGAUACCUGUUUCAACAAAAAUUUCUGCACAAAGUGUAAAAGUGGAUUUUACUUACACCUUGGAAAGUGCCUUGAUAAUUGCCCAGAAGGGUUGGAAGCCAAUAACCACACCAUGGAGUGCGUCAGUAUUGUGCACUGUGAGGCCAGCGAAUGGAGCCCCUGGAGUCCAUGUACAAAGAAAGGAAAAACGUGUGGCUUCAAAAGAGGGACUGAAACACGGGUCCGAGAAAUAAUACAGCAUCCAUCAGCAAAGGGUAACCUGUGUCCUCCCACCAAUGAGACAAGAAAGUGUACAGUGCAAAGAAAGAAGUGUCAGAAGGGAGAACGAGGAAAAAAAGGAAGGGAGAAGAAAAGAAAAAAACUUAACAAAGAAGAAAAUAAGGAUGCAAUACCUGAUAGCAAAGGUCUGGAGCCCAGCAGAGAAACUCCAGAACAACGAGAAAACAAAGACAAACAGCAGCAGAAGAAGCGAAAGGUCCAAGAGAAACAACAGAAAUCGGUAUCAGUCAGCACUGUACACUAG